CUACCUAAGACAUUUUCUCCAAGUUCCCAGAAGCAUUUGGAACUCUCGAGUUCACUAUUGCGCAGAGGUUGAUUGUGCUAGCUUUGAGCAUACAUGGAGGAAUUGCAGGAAGCGUUGAGGGAAAAAGGCGUAACGGUCUCAACUCAUCCACAAAAGGGUCGCUGCAUUUUCACUACCAGAGAUUUUUCCCCAGGGGAAGUAAUCAUAAGCCAAGAGCCCUAUGUUUCUGUUCCCACCAAAACCCAGACUGGAUCAUCAGCAAAAUGUGAAUGGUGCUUUACAUCCACUAAUGUUAAGAAGUGUUCUGCUUGUCAAGUUGUCUAUUACUGUGGUGCCACAUGUCAAAAGUCGGAUUGGAAGUUGCACCGAUUUGAAUGCCAAUCACUAUUGAAACUUGAGAGGGACAGGAUAAAAUCCCUUGCACCAACCAUCAGAUUGAUGGUUAAACUUUAUCUGAGGAGAAAACUGCAAAGUGAAAAUAAUAUCCCAACUACUGCCAUGGACAACUAUGCUUUGGUGGAGCUUUUGGUGUCUCGUAUCCUUGUAUAUAUAUAUAUAUAUCACCUUUCAAUUGAAUUGAUAAAGUUAUAUUGUUUUGAUCUUAACGUGUUCACUUUUGAAGACAUUUCUGACAUUGAUGAGAAGCAACUAGUGUUGUACGCUCAGAUGGCAAACCUUGUAAAUUUGAUCCUCCAAUGGACUGACAUCAAUAUAAAAGAGAUUGCAGAAAACUUUUCUAAGUUUGCAUGCAAUGCACACACAAUUUGUGACAGUGAACUGAAACCCCUUGGAACUGGGCUCUAUCCUGUAAUUUCUAUAAUUAACCACUGUUGUUUGCCAAAUUCUGUUUUAGUGUUUGAGGGACGAAUGGCAGUGGUACGUGCUGUACAUCAUAUAAAGAAAGGUACUGAGGUAUUGAUAAGUUACAUAGAAACUGCUGGAAGCACUAUAACUCGACAGAAAGCCCUCAAAGAACAAUACUUCUUCUCCUGCACCUGCCCUCGCUGCAUAAAAUUGGGACAAAUUGAUGAUAUCCAAGAAAGUGCGAUUCUGGAAGGCUAUAGUUGUAAAGAUAGUCGGUGUAAAGGUUUCCUGCUUCGUGACUCUGAGGAUAAAGGAUUCAUAUGUCAACAGUGUGGACUUCUUAGGGAGAAGGAAGAAGUAAUGAACCUUGCCGGUGAGAUCAAAUCAAUGUCCGAAAGAGCUUCAUUGUCAUCUUCUUCUGGCCAUAAAAAAGAUGCUAUUGUGAUGUAUAAAUCUAUUGAGGAGCUUGAGUUGAGGCUUUACCAUGCUUUUUCAAUCAAUCUGAUGCGCACUCGGGAAACACUUUUAAAGAUGUUUAUGGAGCUUCAAGAUUGGAAGGAAGCCUUGGUGUAUUGCAGAUUGACUAUUCCAGUUUAUGAGAGAGUGUAUCAAGGAUUUCAUCCUUUGCUUGGACUCCAGUAUUAUACUUGUGGAAAACUUGAAUGGUUGCUUGGAGAGUCGGAGGAAGCAUUCAAGUCACUGAGCAAGGCAAUGGAUAUAUUAAGAAUUACUCAUGGAACAACUACUCCUUUCAUGAAGGAGCUCUCAUUCGAAUUGGAAGAAGCACGAGCCGAGCUUUCUUAUAAGCUUUCGAGGAAAGAGGAUGACGAGGGAUUUCAGGGUUGAACUUAAGACCUCUUUGGCCUUGCGUCACUUUACUAUUUUUUGGUUUUAUUGGGGUGAGGGAGAAAUUCGCAGCCAUUACUCGAGGGUGUGCAUGGAGUAAACCCCGCCUUAUGACCCUAAUAGGCAAAGGACAAAUAAUAGGAGAUAGGUCAGCUUAGGUUGCCUAUAGCUGUCUGGUUUAAACCAAGAAAGGGCAACAGAGCGCUCUCACCGUGAGGUGAACUUAGAUUUUAGUGUUAUCAUACCAACAACCAGACUAAUCAAAUUUGAUUGGAGUUGUUCCUAGUUUAUUACUCCGUAUUUUAUUUUGUUAUGCAAGUUGGAUGGGUAUUUGGUCUCAAUGGAUAAAAUACCGUGUUUCCUCCAAAUGAUCAAGCAUGGUAUUACCAUGAUAUAUGAGAUUUCCAAUUCUAUUCAAUUUCAUGUUCAUUUUGAAACA